AUGAGGAAAGGCAAGAGUGAGGCAAACAUUGACAAGAAGAAGGAUACUGCUCCAAAUGAAGGCAAGGAAGUACCUUAUCCUUUGGUACCUUCUCGGAAAGAGAAAGAAAGACAUUUGGCCAUAUUUUUUGAUAUCUUCAAGAAACUGGAAAUUAAUUUACCCUUUAGAGAAGCACUUCAACAAAUGCCACUCUAUGCCAAAUUUUUAAAAGAUAUGCUGACAAAGAAGAACCGGUACAUCCACAGUGACAGAAUUGUGGUGGAAGGCAAUUGUAGUGUUGUGAUUCAACACAUUCUUUCACCUAAGCACAAAGAUCUUGGAGUUGUCAUAAUAUCGUGUUCCAUUGGUGAGGUUGCUUUAGCUGAUCGCUCCAUCGCAAGACCAUAUGGAGUGAUUGAAGAUGUUUUGGUGAAGGUGAAACACCUUAUAUUCCCAGCUGAUUUUGUUGUGAUAGACAUAGAAGAGGAUGUUGAUAUUCCUCUCAUUCUUGGCUGCCCAUUUAUGUCUACUGCAAGUUGUGUAGUAGAUAUGGGAAAGAAGAUGUUGCAAAUGGGCAUAGAAGAUCAGAAAAUCAACUUUGAUCUAUUUCAUGAAGAUAAAGAACCACCUGACCGGAAUGUCUAUUUUAAAGUUCAUGUGAUGGAGGAAAGAAGUCCUGAGAAGAAGGUCCUUGAAGUGGGAACAUUAUUGGAUCCUGGAUAA